AUGGCCGGCUGGCCAGCCGGCUCUUUGCUAACCUUUGAAGUAGCCCGACCAUACAGGAAUGCGAGGCUUGUACAGAGCAUUCCGGAACAGGCCUCCCGACAGGUUCUGGUGCGAAUGCUCAUGCGCGCUUGCUUGUUUACCAGACAAACAAACACAGAUCUUGGUUCUCAACCGGAGAUCGGCCCGGAAUUGCAGCAACUCAGUCAGAAAAGUGUGACCUUUUUCCACCGCCCUCGUGCUCGCAUUGUUGGCCCAAGCGGUUUCUCUGAUCAGAUCUUAGGGCAGGGCGGCUUUUGCAAAAUGACUGGGCAGAGCGGAGGCAACGCUGCCAACAACCCAGAGAACAACUUUUGGUUGUGGGGCAUUUGGGGCAAGCGCGUUGUCAAGGCCCCGUUCCUGACACAAAAAGUGCCUGGAAAAAUUCGCGACAUCAUCAUUGGGCAGAACUUUAUCAUUGCCCUGAAGGAGGACGGUAGCUUGGUAUCCUGGGGCGAAGACAAAGUUGGAUGCCUUGGGCUUGGCACGGAGCAGGUGAACGUGCAAGACCCUAGGAAGAUCAACUUCCCAUCCGACUUCAAAGGGAAGAUCGUGGACAUUCAAUAUGGAAAGCGUCAUGUCCUUGCCCUCACGAGCCUUGGGAAGGUCUACGCCUGGGGGCUGAACGAGAAGGGCCAGCUGGGGCUGAGUGACCAGCAGAACCGCUAUGAGCCCGUUGCAGUGGAGGAGCUGAGACCCUACACAGUGACGCAGAUUUUGACGGUGGACAGCAUGAGCUAUGCUUUGACCAGCCAUGGGAGAGUGUAUGCUUGGGGUGACAACACUGACGGCUGCUUGGCUCUGGAACAUGACAAAGCGGUCGUCGACAAGCCCGAGCCCAUGAUGCGAAUGCAGGGUACGGAGGUGCAAAAACUUGUUGUCAGAGACUGUGGAGGAUCUGGAGGUAAAGGCAAGACGGUUAUCGCUUUCGUAGAGCUUGCUGAGCCACUGCCGCCCAAAGACACCAUUGGUGGCUUUGAGCAGCCUUUGGGCUUAGGGGCCGAUGCUGGUCCUGAAAAGGUUGUGCUGUCCGAUGUCAUGGAAAGGGACAUCUUCGAAGGAGUUGACCUCAUGAGACAAGUCAUGGACAACACACAGGAUUGGUGGGAACACAUCCUCAAGGUCCGACACGGCUCCCCCUACAACGACAACCCACUACAGACAGAUGAUUCUGCCGACAAGAAGGACCAGGACGGCUGCACGGCGAUGCAGUUGGAUACCUACGUUGGCUUGGACCAGCUCGAGGACGCGUCAUAUGAGCUCGAUAAGUUUAUUCAAUCUGCGCGUGCACAGCUCUUCGAGAUCAGAAAGAAGAAGGGUACCAAGAACGUCAAGUUCAUGCUAUCUUUGUUCAUGGACGACUGCAAGCUGCGACGCGAGAAGAUCCGUAGAACAGUUGCAGCUCGCCAACUGAUUGAACACAAGAGAGUGCACGCAUCUUCUGCGGAUGAGGAUCCUUUCAGUAUGGGCAAAGAUCGAGCUACUGCGUACCUGAAGCACGAGCCGGAGAACAUCUCUCAACAGCUGCGAAAAGUGCGAGACCUGAAGUCGUACGAUAUAUUUACGCGUGUGCUCCAGGACAGCAUUGCCGAGAUUUUUGAGGCCAAGCUGCAGGUCUUGGGGUUGCAGGAGGAGCUCUUGAAAACGAGAUCUGGAAAACCAGGAGAUGUGUCCAUGCCUGGUCUCAAGAUCAUCAUGAGCAGAUGGGCAGACUUGAAACGGUUUUCAAUUUACAACCUCUACCAGGAAUGCAACUUGCGAGGGCAAGGGUUGGCUUUCAAUUCUGAUGAUGAGAUGUUCUCAUUUCUGGUAUCCAGCUCUGAUGCCAAGAUUGACCAGAUCAUUCAGAUAGACCAUGACCGCCUGGUGUCAAGAGACAGCUAUGUCCCAAACUUGUGCUAUGAGCUUCUCACAGAGAACGCUGAGCUCAGGAAGAUGUGCAAUGCUUAUCAACUCAAAGUUCUCCUCCAGAAAGUUGAGGCCGAGAGCCAGAAAGGUGUUCCUUGGCGACAGAUCAUUCGUGGCAGCGCAAAAAUGUCAAAGUUCUGGAUUCGAUUUGUGAG